CUGCUUCUCCCUCCCCCUCCCCAUCUUGUGCUCGAUCGUCGCCAAAUUACCUGCCCCCCCGGGCCUUGGUUUGUGCCUCCUCCUUCUCCGCCGCCCCUCGGCCGGCUUCCCCCCUUUUUUCCCCCCGGCUCCCUCUCCGGCCUCCCUCCCGCCCCUCGCGGCUCGGCUUCCAUCCUCCUCCCCCUCCCCCUCCCCUAGAUCCCAUGAGUCAGCCACCUCAUGGUGGCGGGCGCGGGGCUCGGCGACAUGCACGCCCUCCGGUCGCGGACGCUCGUGGCCCGCCGCCAGCACAGCGCCCAUCUGAGACCCCGGCCGCCGGACAGGUCCCCUCCUCCCGGCCAUGGCUGUCGAUUCACUCGCCCGCAGCCCCCGGCGGAGUGGCCCCGACGGCUCCCAGCACUGUCGGCUCCUCGGCUGAUCCUGGCGUCAAGCCGAGCUUCCUCGGCCUCGGCUCCGCCCAAUCGACCUAUGCCUAUGCCGGGUAUUCAUCUCUCUCAACCCCCACCUCCCCGCAAAUGGGGAGCAUCACCUCCUCCGGCGGUUCAAGCGGCCAUGUCGGGCCGGGUAACUCCUCCGGGCAGCCUCUUCCCGACCCGCCUCCUGCCUCGGGUGCGGUGGUGAAUCCGGCCUUCGAGCUGGGUCUUGGCCUGGGGCUCGGGCUCAGCGGCAUUGGCGGCGGCGGGGCCGGGCCCAUUCAACGCCCGGGGCUUGGGCCCCUGGUGGACCCCGGAACCCUGCGCUCCAUGUCCACGAACUCCCUCACCGAUCUCGCCCAAUUGCAAGCCACUGUCACCGGGCCGGAUCGCCCGGAGGCGGACUUCUUUACGUUGGCGGCUGCAGCCGCAGCCGCCACCUCGUCCGGAGCACCGCGCCAGCCGAACAUUCUCCCCGGCCCCCCCGGGGGCUUUGGCCAUCUUUCGCCCUCGGGAUCGCCCUCCUUGAUGGGGAUUCCAACCGGCACAGGCCCGGCCCCAGGGGUCCCCGGCAAUCCCAAGGUGGGGAUGCUGUCCUCCUCGCCGAAUACCCACACGCCGGGGCUUGUCGGGCCGCCGGGAUCCGGAUCGCCGCCGCUUUUGUCCAUCCCCCCAUAUUCCUCCUCGCCACAGGGCCCGAGAGUGGAAGUGAGCCUGCGUGGCUGGCCGGGCCCUGGAGCCGGCUCCAACAACGCUGGCCCCGGGGGAGCCCCGGCCCAGGGGGAGCAUUUUUAUUCCUCCUCGCCGCCGACGUUGUCCGGCUUCACCGGUCCAACUCCCGGAGUGGUUCCCAGUCCCGGGCCUUUCCUUUGGCCGACUCCGGCCCCGGGCCCAGGCCCGGUUCCGACCGCCACUACCCCGCUCGCUGGCCCGGGCGAUCCCCUUCCCAAGGACCACCCCGGCACCGGGGUUCUCUUCGAUCGGCUCAGCGCCUCUGGUCGGUCGAACAUUUCCGGCCUCUCCGGCGUGACCAAUAUAUCGGUGGUGACCGGGGCCUCCGGCGUCUCGCGGUACUCCACCACGUCCGAGCACGACCCCGGGCCCGGCAUUCGCGGGCCCAGCAGCGGCGCCGGCAUCGGCGGGAAUCUGCAACACUCGCGCGCGGGCUCCACCCACACCAGUCAGGGCACCUGGGGGGUGCGGCCGCUGCGCCAUCAGCGCAGCUCGCUCUUGUCCACCUCGGACAUCGUCAUGGACAUGGUCCAGAUGGAAGACGAGCUGCUUCUCUGGGCCCAGCGGCCGGCGCGCUGGCCGGUGCACAUUGAGUUGGCUAACCGCGAAUCGCUUUCGAGCUUCUCUGCCUCCCCGGAUCGCUCUCGUGUGGUCAUUGCCGGCCGCGGCGUCCUGCGCAUCCACGACAUGAAGGCCUUCCAAAACCUUUCCGAUGAGGAGCCAUCGACUCCUGAUCUGUCGAUGGCCGGCCAACAUUCGCACUCGCACUCGCACUCGCAUCACCAUCACCACCACCACCAUCAUCACCAUCACCAUCACCAUCGUCGGGAGGGAUCGGACUCCCAUUAUGACGAUGCCUCCUCCGCCGCCGGGGACAUGGUAUGGUCGCCGAACCCCAAAUCCUCGACCCCCUCGUCCUCGACCACCGGCGGGACGGCCUCGGUCAAUUCCAGCAUUGGGAACCUGUCUUCUGUCGGCGGGAGUGGUGCCCCGGCAAGCGGCCUCUCCACGCGCGGUCUGCAAAUUGACUUCGCCUCGAUCACCAACGACCUGACGGCAUCCUUCACCGAUGUGAGCUGGGGUCCGAAUUACCAUACGGCUCGCGUCACCUUCCGCCAGUCGAACAUCCAGUCGGAAUGGAUUGACCAGGUCCGGCCGCAGCUCUAUGAAGACCCGGACAUCCCGACAUUGCAAGUGGCUUCCUGCUCGCUCUCUGGCAACCAGGAGGUCUAUGUGUGGGAUGUCCGCCGGCCUCUUCUUCCCUUGUAUGCCGUUCGCGCGCACAAGGACCAGCCGACCGACAUCUGGAUGGGCGACGAGGGCGACUCCAUGUGGUCCUGUGGCAAAGACGGCAUCUUCUGCCGGCUACCCAUGGCCACUUAUGGCAUUUGUAUCCCCGACUCCCUGUCACCGGCCUCGCUCUCGUGGGCCGCCGACGGGAGCCUCUUCUCUCUUGGGCCAGCGGCCGAGGGAGAUCGCAGCCUGCUGGACACCGGGCUGUCCAUCCCGGCGUCCACAUUGCUCGGGCCAUUGCUCGGUGAGUUUCCCGGAUCGACGCCGGUGGCUGGCCCCGGCAGCGGGGGCCCCCCGCCGGCGCCCCCGCUGCCGGACGGCCUGCUUCACGGUGCCGGGCACCGCCAUGGGACCUCCCUCUAUCCACGCGGGGGUCAAGCAUACUCCUCCUCCGACAGCCUGUUUGACUCGGCCCUGGAUGAUACAUACAGCUCGGCCUCUCUGAGCCUGUCGGCCCCGCCUUCUCCCACUGAGCGCCACUCGACAUCCGCCUCGCCACCCAACAAUGCCGGGACCGCGGGCAAUACCCUGUCUCCGGCUCGGGGCCGCACACAGCCCAGUGUCCGCGGGGCGGCGGGGCCCCCUGGCUCGCCGGAUCUUGGCGACGCCAUGGGUGAGGAGUUUGACCCCCGGCUCCGGUCGCUGCUGGAUCCGGCCCCAGGCCCGGCACCCACACUCAGCCGGGCGUCCUCCUUCCUGGAUCUGGACCGGGCUGCCGCGCGUGAUGAUGCCUUCUACGAGACUGGCUACGCGUCGGAAUAUGUGGCGGAGUUCAUCUCCGAAACACAUCUCCUUCUGAGCGGGGCCCUCAAUGAGUCGAGCCACUCGAUGCCCGACUCGGAGGGUCUGCAUCCGGCAGCCAAUGGCUCCCUUCCCCAUAGGCGCUUGACUCCGGCGCAUUUGCCAGCCCGGCGGGUGGUCGUCCGGAAAUCCGCCCACGAGAUGAUGCCCCAACUGGGUGCCAUCUUGCCGACGUGGACCUUCGACUGGCGGACUUUCUGCCACCUGGCGGAUGCCUACAUCAUCAGCCUGGACGGGGCUUUGACGACCGGGCCACGCACCCUCUCCCAGGCCCUCGAGUGGAAUGCCCGCCUGGCUGAGGAGGCCCGUGAGCCGGCGCAUGUGGCGGCCAAUUGGCGGCUGCUGGCCGAAAUCUUUUCCCGAGUGCCCAGCUUGACUCCGUCCACGCUAUCGGGCCCGGAAGAGGCCACACCUCUGUUGGCUUGGUCGGGCGCAGAGCAGACCCUAUUCCCUCUGGCCGAUCCCCCUGCCGGGGAGUCCGCCCAGCAGACGCAGGCAGUUGCCUUGGCCCGGCGGGCCCGGCGCGAUGCAAUGCUUUCCGGGGCGGGGCUGUCAAUUCGCGCGCUGGAUGCCACCCUGUCCCGAGGGCACAUGUGUGCUGGAGGCAUUGCGGCGGCUGCCAACUGCAAUGUCAUCGGUUGCCCCUCGGGCGCGGCCGCUGACCACGCCGAGCUCCCGGCCGAUGGCCAGUUGCAAUAUGUGGCCCCGGGAUCGGAUCGAUCUUCCCUCGACGGCCCGCCGCAGGUGAUUGUCUUCCCCCCUUCACCGGGCAGUAGGGGAAGACCGGGGCCUCCAGCGCGUAUGGCGGCUCCCGGUGCCGGGUUCCGCAUCUUUGGCGCCGGCAUUUCUUGCCCUCAUGACACCCUCCCGGAGGACAGACCCCCGGCACAUGGCCAAUCUAAUGUGCCUGACACCCCCUUGCUUUGGCGUCCGGGUCGGGGCCCUGCAUCACCGAUGCCCGAGCGGCCAAUCUCCCUGGACCCUCUGGGUUCCAUCACGGCCGCCAUGCUGCACAUUGCCGAUGGCCGUGGCCCGACCAAUGCCACCGGUGCCGACAUCCCGACCGGGGAUGGUGAGUCCCUGGUGUCACGCUGCACCCUUGCUGUGCCGGCCUUCGCCAAGUCUGCCCUGCUGCGCAUGCUCGACCUCUACACGGAGCUUGGCCAUGUGCAAAUGUGCGCCACGGUGGUCUUGCUAUUGCGCCAUGCCCCGGCCCCGGUGCUGGCGCAAGUUGCCCCGCCAGCCCGUCUGGAGCAAUGGCUCCUGGCGUAUGUGGACCUUUUGCGGCGCUUCCGCAAACAUGUCACCGCAGCCAGCCUCAUCAGGACUGCCCCCCUGCCGGCGGUCAGCCAGCUGUCCCAGCAAUUCACCUCUGUGCAGGUGGGCUGCUCACAUUGCCUGGCCAGCAUUUCCCCGACGGCGGCGGUUUUGGAAACCUCGGGCAUCCCUCUGGGGGAUGUUCGAGCUGGUCACCGGGCCCGUCGGCGUUUGUGCGCCCGCUGCCGCCAGGCCCCGGCCAGGUGCAGCGUCUGCCGAGACCCGAUUGGCGGCCUGGCGUCUUGGUGCAUGGGCUGCGGGCAUGGGGCACAUGUGCACUGCUCGCGCCGGUGGUAUGCUCGAUUUGUGUCCUGUCCCUCGGGCUGCGGGCAUAUUUGCGUCCUGCGACCGACCACCGGAGCGGUGGAUGCCGCGCGGCGUCUUCUUCACAAGGCCGCCGCCCCGGCCACCGGCCCCGCCGCCUCUGCCUCUUUCUCGGCGGAGGGAGACCCCGAGCUGGGCCACGGUGGUGGCGGUGAUGAUGAUGAUGAUGACGAUGAUGAUGAUGAUGGCGAUGAUGAUGAUGAUGGCGAUGAUGACAAGUUCGCCAUCCCCUGGCAGUCAUCGCUGCCCGGGCAGAAGUUGGAUUCGUCCCACUGCUCGGACACCCCAGGCUAUGUUGGAUCCACGUGCGUGGCAUUGGUCCCGAUGCCGGCGUCAGCUCUGGCCACUGCCCGGCGCCCGGUCCCGCCCGGACCGGCGGCCGCCCUGCGGCGUCCCGGGAUGCUCCCCUCCUCCGGAACGCUCAUCAUCAUGGAUCGCCCGACCGGCUCAGAAUCGGCCCCGCAUCGUCCGGCUGCCAUGCCGGCUGCCACCUCGCAGCCGGUUGCCCCUGCAGCCCAAGCGACUCCAGCAGCGUCAGCCACCUCGGCAGUCUCCGCGGCCAGCCCUGCACUCCUCAUGGCAUCCCUGCUACGACGGGCUGGCCCUGGACAAGGCUCGACAGGGCUUGGUGCACGGUAAUAUACGGCUAUGCUCUCCCCUCCCCCCCCC